UUCGUGCUGGGUGAGUGCAGGCCGAGGGAGAGGAGGGAGUGUGAGUGAGGGACAGGAGAGUCCUCGGUGGAAGGCACUGCCGACUGCCACAAGGAGCUUGAAGAUGGCAGAGCUACAGCUUCAGAAGAAAGGCAAGAAGACAGAUGAUGGCAUUGGUAGCAUAGUGGAUUUCCUGCUGGCCAAUGCUAGGCUGGUUCUUGGUGUUGGAGGAGCUGCUAUGCUGGGUAUUGCAACACUGGCUGUGAAACGGCUGAUUGAUCGUGCUGCUUCUCCUCCCGAUGACAAAGAAACAGAUGACAAAUCUGAGCAGAAAUCCUUUGAGGAGACAUGGAAAGAGGCUGUGCUUGUCAAGGCUUCUCCCAAAUUUGCACGAAAACCAAAUCGUAUAGAUCUCGGGGAUACUUCAUUACUGAACAAACCCAGCGAUCCAUUGCCUGUCAGUAUGGACCAGGAAAAAACGGCUGAGGAUCUGAAAAAGACCCCAAUUUGCUUUACCCUGCAGGACCGGCUGCUGCAUUAUUACGCACACUGUGCCAGUGUCUCGAGGUCAAAGGAACAGGCUGGCACAAACGUAAUGCUGGAGAUCAUGACAGAGAUACAGGAUUUUCUACGUGCCAAACACCCUGAGAUGCCAUUUUCAGGUCUCCAGCUUGGGGAUUCCUUUGGCAGCUGUCUGUCUGUUGGUUGUUUAGACCAUUGUUGUUUGAUCCUGCCAUUGGUCCUGGAUCCUGAACUGUGGAGAUUUGUCCCAGGACACGAGACUAUCCUUAAUGACCCCCAUUUCUGGAUGGUUAAGAGGGCAGACCUGGAAUAUACAGCCCGGGGAAGCAGCCCUUGGGAUAAGUUUAUGGUAGGUGGAUACCUGUCCUCCAGGUCGAUUGUGGAAACUUUGCACAAAACAAUCUCGGGAUCUGUCAACUGGCCUGCAAUAGGAGCUGUGUUAGAUUGUAUUCUCCAACCAGUUAUAGCACCAGAUGACCUUAAACUUGAAGUGACACAUUCUAACUUUAAGUCCAUUCUCCACAUAAUCCCAUCCACGGCCACCAAAGACUUCUUCCUUCUUGCCCACUAUCAUCCUAAUGCCCCCUCAGAAAAUCUUUGGUGCCAAAGUUUCUAUAAGGAGGAGACAAGUCUGAUGCAGAAACUGGACAGUGCCGAUGCAGGAGUUAGACAGCAGUGCUUCCAGAUUCUAAAAGGGAUCUGCAAAGAUAACUCCUCCCUCAGCAAACUGUCCUCUGCGCACUUGAGAAAUGCCAUCCUGCAUCUUAAUAAUGACACAUCUGAAUGGACAGAGGCAGAGCUGGCCAACCGAUUCCUACAGGUUAUUGAGGAACUGAUUGGUUAUCUGGAGAAAGGUGUCCUCCCUAGUUAUUUUAACAGCAAAGUCAACUUAUUCUCCUAUCUAAGGGAUGAGGACAUUGACGAGCUUGGUUAUGGCUUGUAUCAGGUGUUCUCUGAACCAGAUUCUUUCUUGGCAAAAUGAUUUGUGCUUUUUUUUUUUUUUUCUUAACCCUUCAUUCACUGCAAUCUUCAGAAGGGCACAGACCGUAAAAAGAGCAAUUAAGUACAGGAGGAAGGUGGUUUGAUUUGAAAACUCCAGAAAUCAUUCUCUGUUUUAUCCUGUUCAGUGUUCAAAGCAGCCACUUAGAACACUUCUGUUCCAGAUACAGUCUGCUGGUGAUACAUUGCGAUAUGUGAAAUUCUGCUCAUUUCUAACAGGAGCUGAAAAGUGGGUAUGCUGCAAAUAUUUGGACAUAUUUUUAAUUUGCACUAAAAUAAAUCUCCUUUUGAUUAAUUUCCUGGUCUUUCCAUCAUGGAGUAUCCAAGAACAGGUUUCAAGGAAACUGUUUUUAUUAGUGCAGCAACUUGCCAUUACAUAAAGAUUGUGUGCAGUGCUAUGUAUUGGUUAUCAGGAUGUAAAACACAAAUCUCUUUGGCAGAUUAGGUGUUACAGGAGUCUUUACAGGAUUCUGUGAUAGGUUACCCGUGCAAAUUAUACAGGUGCUCCUUAUAUGCUAUCAGAAGAAUAUUAACAGAAAGUGUCUGCAGAGUGCUAUAAUGUCAAUGUAAACGGUAUACUGGUGUUAUUACUGUUCAACCAGGAUAUUCUUACUGUUUAAAAUAUGCAACAUUGUUGAUGUACAUUAUUGUAAUAGUCUAAGCGGCAGUUAAUAUAUUCAGAUCUCCUGUCUGGGAGAGCACAACCAAUAUCCCCUUAUUGGCAAUAACGGCGCUCAUACUGCAGUCUGCCAGACUCUUCCAAUGGCAGUUUACAUGUCAGGGGACUGGUGAUUGGAGAGAAGGCACAUUGUAUAGAUGACUGUGUGUGUUUCUUUUUUUCAAAAUUUUGAUACUAUGCUUUAACAUAUGUAAUUGCUUAAGAAAAACUAUAUAUUUUAGUAUGGUACCAUUUCUCUGAGCAGCAAUUAUUUUCAAACUACACUCAGAUAAAGUAAUUUCAAAUUGGCGUAUGGACUUUAGGGGAAGCCAUCACCCCCCUUUUUUAUUACAGACAGAUCUAGACCAACAAACCUAGUUGUUAUUUCUGGUAACUGUGCAAGACUGAAAAAAAAUACAUCCAGUUUGUAUUCAUAUAUUUUGUUAAUACUGAACCAUACACUAGAUGUAAGUAAUAUAACCAUGAGUGCAGAGGACAGUUUUUUUUAUAGAUCGUUUUAUAUGCGGCACAUGGUAAGGGCACGUUUUUUCCUAAAACAUUUUUAUUUUUAAUUCUCAUUUCUACCACCCCUCCCCAAAUUCCUUCUACUAUGGACUCCUACAAUUAUAUGAAUUAAGAAUAAUUCCAAUUUCAUUCCUGCUUUUUCAUCAUAAUGAAAAUGUUAUCUAGGUUGUUCACUAAAGUGGAAAUUGAUGGGAAAUCUAAGUGUUUUUGAUCGUAGAGGAUGGCACACUAUUUCACUCUUAAUAUGAAAUGCACAGUGUUUGAAAAUUAAUAAGAAAGUUGAAUAGGGAAACGCUUUUUUUUG